AUGGAAGAUAAUUGUGAAAAUUCACAACAACAACAUCAACUUCACCAUCAAUAUUCUAUUACCAACAAUAACAACAAUGACUCUCAACAAAAUCCAUUAAUUCCAUCCCCUUGGAAUAGUAACCAACAACAAAUUGAGCAACAUCAACAUCAUCUCCACCAAUCCACUUUUACAAACCUACCUCAUCAACAACAACUCCAACAUUCCGGUCCGACUGAUUUCGACAUGGAACUACCCGAGACUUGGUGUACAUAUUCUUUUCCCAGCCAACAAGAUGACCUACAACAACACCAACAUCAACAACAUCAACACCAAAAUAAUAAUGACUACCAAAUGAUUGAAACAACCUCACCAACAACCCUUUCCAAUUCAAGUUCUUCCACUUCUACCUAUUUAUCACCAACCUUUAAUAAUUAUUCAAUAUCUUCACCACCAAUCAUACCUUCCAACAACAGUAAAUCAAAAAAGAAAGGAAAAAAUUCAAAAUCGAAAUCAAAUUUAAUUAGAGUGAGUGAAGAUAGUGAGAAACCACUUACAAUGCAGAUAUUGAAAUAUACCAAAUUAGUUAUUCAACAUGGUUGUGGUUCAUUUAAAUUGUUGGUUUCAGGAAAGGAAAAUCCAUCGAGGUUGAAGGUUUUGGCAAUGGUAAAGUGUGAAUCACCCUCGGCCUUUAUUCUUACAGAUGAUAGCUCAUAUGUGCCGGCCAGUGGAGAAGUCAAGAUGAGGAUAACAUUCGACCGGAAAGAUGCAGCCUAUUCAGAGAUCCAAGUGAUUUUCACACUCUUGAAAUUCGAUAGUGAAUUCAAUUUUAGUCAGAUCUGCCAGGAAACCACCAGCGAGCUUAUCGAUUUCCAUAACACCACCAAGAGUCUGCCAUAUCCAACCAUUUUCAAACUAAAGGAAAUCUCAGUGCUUCCCGAGCAAUUGCAAUUGCAACAGAAGAAACAAUCAAAGGAUAUCGAAGCAAAGAAAGGCGAAACUUUAAUCAUGCUCAAAGUCGAUAGAUUAAAGAUGGGCCGUACCAACAUGAUGACUAUUUUCUUUGUAAAUAGCGACAAUCUUAUAGUUUAUCGAGUUGGUCAAUCCUCGAUAUGUCAUGACAGUAAUACAAGAGCAUACUUUGUAUUGCCAAGGACCAUUUUAGAUUUACAGGAUAUAAGAGUUUUUGUUAGAUAUGAAUCAAAAGGCCAUUCAUUCAAUACAAUUCCUUCAUUAGAAAACACAUAUGAAUGGAAAAUUGUGGACAACAAUGAAAAUAACUUUAACAAAGAAAACAAUGCUUAUCAUUAUGGUCUGUUGAAUCCAACUCAAAAUCCCACGAAUGAAAAUAACAAUAAAAUCAUAAUUCUAAACAUCCAAAAUAAUAAUAAUAAUAAUAAUAAUAAUAAUAAUAAUAAUAAUAAUAAUAAUAAUAAUAAUAAUAAUAAUAAUAAUAAUAAUAAUAAUAAUAAUAAUAAUAAUAAUAAUAAUAAUAAUAAUAAUAAUAAUGAUAAUAUUUAUUAUAGUCCAGAAUACAACUCCAACAUUAAUAAUAAUAACAAUAACAACAACAAUAUUAAUAAUGCUAAUAAUAUUAAUAAUUAA